ACAGCGAGGUAGUGUGUGGAGAAGGAAGGAUGGAAUGGUCUGCAUGUUUAGACGAAUAUGAGAAGCUCGUCAUUCGUAUGACUACUCCAAGGGUCGUGAUCGACAAUGCCGUAUGCGAUACUGCCACUUUGGUCAAGGUUGACAGUGCUAGAAAGCACGGAAUCCUUUUGGAGGCCGUUCAAGUCCUCACAGAUCUGAACCUUAGUAUUAAGAAAGCUUACAUCUCCUCCGACGGCAGAUGGUUCAUGGAUGUUUUCCACGUGACGGAUCAAAACGGAAACAAACUCACCGAUGAGAGCGUUAUCAGCUACAUCGAGCAGGUAAUUCAAAAAGCCUUCGAUAUUCCUUCGAUUCAAAUCGCUCAGAUCUCCGUUUCUGUUUAUAGUUAUUUCUUAAUAAAAGCUAAGAUGGGGUUUCUUCUUCAUUGGUUACAGUCUCUUUGUACCUGUAACUCCGUCAGAUCUAACGGCUUCGAGGACCUAACGGCAUUGGAAUUAACCGGAACUGACAGGCCAGGUCUCCUCUCUGAGGUGUUUGCAGUCCUCGCUGACCUUGAAUGCAAUGUUGUGGAAUCCAAAGUUUGGACUCACAAUGGACGGAUUGCUUCUCUGAUCUAUGUCAAGGACUGUGAUUCUGGUUCCCCAAUCGAAGACUCCCAGAAAAUCAAUAGGAUUGAAGGGCGUUUGAGAAAUGUUCUCAAGGGAGACAACGACAUCCGAAGUGCUAAGACCGCCGUGUCCAUGGCCGUCACCCACACAGAACGCCGGCUUCAUCAAAUGAUGUUUGCAGACCGUGAUUAUGAACGGAAAUCAACACUGGUUUCGUCGGAAACCACACCAACUGUCUCAGUUCAGAAUUGGGCAGAGAGAGGUUACUCCAUCGUUAAUGUCCUGUGUAAAGAUCGGCCCAAAUUGUUGUUUGAUGUAGUGUGCACCUUGACAGACAUGGACUAUGUAGUCUUCCAUGCCACCCUUGACACGGCAAGCAAUGAAGCAUAUCAGGAAUUCUACAUUAGGCACACAGAUGGUACCCCCAUUAGUUCAGAAGCAGAGAGGCAAAGAGUGAUUCAAUGCUUGCAAGCUUCUAUUGAAAGAAGGGCAUCUGAGGGAGUAAAGCUAGAGUUAUACACAAUGGACCGACGGGGACUGUUAUCAGAUGUGACCCGAACGUUCCGAGAGAAUGGGCUGAACGUGACGAGAGCUGAGAUCUCUACUACAAGUGAUACGGCAAUGAAUGUGUUCUGUGUAACAGAUGCAGCCGGUAACCCGGUAGAGCCGAAGACGAUUGAGGCUGUUCGAGAAAAAAUUGGGUAUAGCAACUUAAAAGUGAAGGAACCACCAUUGAUCUAUCACAAGGCGGUGAAGGAUGAGAAUACAACGAUGAGAGGCACUGGAGGGGCUGUGCUAUUAUCCUUGGGGAGUCUAGUGAGAAAGAAUCUAUACAAUUUGGGAUUGAUCAGAUCUUAUUCUUAAUCUGAACACAAUUGGGUAAGGGAGAGAGUCUCUCCCUUUUCGAGUUGUGUUCAGAUUAAGAAUAAGAAUUGAACAAAUUCCAUAUUGUAUGGGGAUAAAAAGGAGAAUUGGGUUGGGGGGUUUACUGGGCCAUGUGUAUAGCAUAUUCCUUACUUCAGCUUUGGGUUUUUGUACAUAUGAAGCAAGAAGGAAAGGAAAGAAAAGGAGAGGAAAAAAAAGUGAUUGUGUUGGUGAUAUAUGGUUAGGUUUUGGUUGAUUGAGGUAGAUAUGAAGGAGAAGAGAAAGGCCCAACCCCAAAACUUCAAAAAUCAGAACGUUGCAUUCUAUCUACUGAUUGGAAGAAGGAGACAAGGCAUGGGAAUAGGUGGGAGAGAGUGGAUAGACAAAAGGAAAAGGACUUUGGUUGGAGGGCUCUGACUUCUUCUGCUAGUGUGUUCUGUUCACAUCUGCUGCCAAAGGAGAAGAAAGUAAGCAAGUUAGGUAGAGGAGAAAAGAAAACCCAGAAAAAUUUAGGAUCAAAUAUACGACACACACACCCUACCUGUACGUAACCGAUUUGAUUGUAACUGUUUUAGGUAUUAAUUCUAAUAGUUUGACCAGAUUUGUAUAUU